AUGGAGAUGCUAUGUGACAUCACUAAGACCCAGCUCUACCCUGAUCCCGAGAGGGAGAAGCUAUGUGACAUCACUAAGACCCAGCUCUAUCCUGAUCCCGAGAGGGAGACGCUAUGUGACAUCACUAAGACCCAGCCCUAUCCUGAUCCCGAGAGGGAGAUGCUAUGUGACAUCACUAAGACCCAGCUCUAUCCUGAUCCCAAGAGGGAGAUGCUAUGUGACAUCACUAAGACCCAGCUCUAUCCUGAUCCCGAGAGGGAGAUGCUAUGUGACAUCAUCACUAAAACCCAGUUCCAUCCUAAUCCCGAGAGGGAGACGCUAUGUGACAUCACUAAAAACCCAGCUCUAUCCUGA